AUGCCUAACGCAAUUGUUACCGGUGCCACUGGCAUUCUCGGUCGCGAGAUUGUUUUUGAACUUGGCAAGGACACCAAAACAUGGCCCACAGUAUAUGCUCUAUCUCGCAGCAAGAAAGAAGACUACCCAUCAAAUGUCAAGCACACUCAUCUCGACCUCCAAGGAAACCCCGAGGACAUGGCAAAGGAACUUGAACAUGUUGAUGCUGAAUACGUCUUCUUCACCGCCUACCUCGCCCAAGACGACGAAGACGACGCAACAAAAGUCAAUGGCGACAUGCUCCAAAACUUCAUCUCUGCCCUCAAGCUCACCGGCGCAGCGAAGAAGAUCAAGCGCUUCAUCCUAACCACUGGCUGCAAACAAUACGGCGUACACUUUGGCGCCCCCAAAAACCCAAUGCAAGAAUCCGACCACUGGCUCAAGAACCCCUCUUAUCCCUCAAACUUCUACUACCGCCAACAAGAGAUCCUCAAGAGAGAAGCAGAGGAAAACAACUGGGAGUGGACAGUAACCUAUCCCAACGAUGUCGUCGGCGUAGCAAAAGGCAACUUUAUGAACCUGGUCUCUGCGAUUGGCAUCUACGCAUCCAUCUGCAAGGAACUCAACCAACCCCUAAUCUGGCCAGGUUCCCCUCACUUUUACACCAUGUUCGAUAGCUUGACCUGUUCAACCUUGCACGCUAAGUUCAACACAUGGGCAGCCUUUGCACCUGGCGCCGCAAACCAAGCCUUCAAUGUCGUCAACGGCGACGUCGAAUCCUGGCAAAACCUCUGGCCCAGAGUCGCCAAAAAAUUCGGCUGCAAGAUUCCUGAGAAAAUGUUUGAGGAUAAAGACUUUAAGAAUGACUUUGGUGAUGAAGGACUUGUCAUGCCCUUGGAAGAAACCCCUCCGAUUUCUGAAUUUGCAGCCGAAGCUGGUCUCCUCGACACUCCCGCCCUCAAACAAUCCCUCGUCGAAGCCAAAAUCGAUCUCGGCAAAUGGGCACAAAGAGACGACGUCAAGCAAGCGUGGAAAACCCUUUCUAAACGCGAAGGCUUGGAUAAAUCUGCGUUUGACAAUGCAACAUGGAUGUUCUUGAACUUUGUCCUUGGAAGAAACUUUGACUUGGUAAUUAGUAUGAGUAAAGCUAGGAAAGCUGGGUGGACUGGCUAUCAGGAUACUUGGGAGAGUAUUGAGGAGGCGUUGGAGAGGUUGGUUGGGGAGAAGGUUAUUCCUGCUUUUAAGUGA